UUGAACUCCCUCGUGUUCUUGGGGACGAUGAUAAGACAGGUGCAACAAUGGGAUGUCUUGGGGUGUCAAAGGAUCUUGUUUGUUAUGUAACAUGUGAUAGUUCAAAAACUUUUCGUUUUUGGUCUUAUAAUGAUCGACGUGAAUCUGGUGACCAAUGGACUCUCAAAUAUAGUGCUGUUUGGAAUGGUUGGGUAUGGGGGUCGGAUACAAAGCUUAUACCCAGUGCAGAUAUAGUGUUGAAACCCUAUGCAAUAAGUCCGAAUGCUCAUGUCAUUUUCUAUGGCACUUCAGAAUUGAUCUUUAGCUGGGACCUUGAAAGCCAUAAAGGUGAACUGUUCGACGAGCCAAUGAUAGGGAAGAUAGCUCCACCUGGUUAUGACCUUCCUUUCUUUACCCAACGUGCUUUCUUGAUACCUUUCUACAGUUUGGGUGAGAGGAAUAUUGCUGGCUCGACUCCAUUAUCAGGGAGCCUUUUAAAGGGAGCACAGAUUUUGAGUGCGGAAGCAUUACCAUGUGAGUGUGAUAAACUAGACAGCGUACAAGUUGUAAGUGGUCGUUCAUAUUGCAAUAUGUUGAUCAAGCGGCGGUUUACUUUUCCUAGUGAAAUGCAGUUAUGUGCAGGAAUGGAACUGCCGGGUUAAGGGUGAUUUUCAGACAUAUCUGAUAGUAAAUAAGAUUUCUACUUUUCAGAUUAGGUGGUUAAUUUAUUUUUAAUUUU